CUCCCCCGGCCCGCCGCGGCCGCUCCCGGCGCCGGCGCAGCGAUGGCGGAGGCCGUGGAGCGCACGGACGAGCUGGUCCGCGAGUACCUGCUCUUCCGCGGCUUCACGCACACGCUGCGGCAGCUGGACGCCGAGAUCAAGGCGGACAAGGAGAAGGGGUUCCGGGUGGACAAGAUCGUGGAGCAGCUGCAGCAGCUGAUGCAGGUGUAUGACCUGGCCGCCCUGCGCGACUAUUGGAGCUACCUGGAGCGGCGCCUCUUCAGCCGCCUGGAGGACAUCUACAGACCCACCAUCCACAAGCUCAAGACUAGCCUGUUCCGCUUCUACCUCGUCUACACCAUACAGACCAACCGUAACGACAAGGCUCAGGAGUUCUUCACGAAGCAGGCGGCGGAGCUCCAGAACCAGGCUGAGUGGAAGGAUUGGUUCGCGUUGCCCUUCCUGCCCUCCCCGGACACCAACCCCACCUUUGCCACCUACUUCUCUCGGCAGUGGGCCGACACCUUCAUCGUGUCCCUGCACAACUUCCUCAGCGUCCUAUUCCAGUGCAUGCCAGUGCCCGUGAUCCUGAACUUCGAUGCUGAGUGCCAGCGGACCAGCCAGGUUCAGGAGGAAAAUGAGGUUCUGCGCCAGAAGCUCUUCGCACUCCAGGCUGAAGUCCACCGGCUGAAGAAAGAGGAGCCACAGCCCGAGGAGGGGGAGGCCGUGGUCCAGCACAAGCUGCCCCCUUACGUCUCCAACAUGGACCGCCUGGGGGACUCGGAGCUGGCCAUGGUGUCCAGCCAGCGGCAUGCAGCUCUUUCACAGUCCCCUCGCGUCGGCUUCCUGUCCUCGCUGCUGCCUCAGAGCAAGAAGAGUCCCUCGAGGCUGUCGCCGGCCCAGGGCACCCUGCAGACGCAGAGCAUGGCCAAGAAAGAGUCCUCGAGCAGCCUGAGCGCAAAGAGCAAGGAGCCGGCGUGCGGGCCCAAGGACACCAAGAGCCUCUUCAGCGGGCUGGCCUCCGGGGAGUCCAGCUGGUCGCAGCACCGGCAGCGGCGUCUGCAGGACCACGGCAAGGAGCGGAAGGAGCUUCUGUCCACGUCGCUGCAGGGUGCCGACAGGAAGCCUGAGGCUGGUGGAGCGGAGGUCGAGCCCUGUGUGGAGCUCCAUGUAGAGGCAAUGGAGACACUGAUGCGGGUCCCAACGGCAGGCCCCGAGGGGGGUGCGGGGCGCCCCGAGCAGCCCUUCAUCGUGCUGGGCCAGGAGGAGUAUGGGGAGCACCACUCAUCCAUCAUGCACUGCAGAGUGGACUGCUCGGGGAGGAGGGUCGCCAGCUUGGACGUCGAUGGGGUCAUCAAAGUGUGGUCCUUCAACCCCACCAUGCAGACCAAGGCCUCCUCCAUCUCCAAGUCCCCCUUGCUGUCGCUGGAGUGGGCCACCAAGCGGGACCGGCUGCUCUUGCUGGGCAGUGGUGUGGGGACCGUGCGCCUCUACGACACGGAAGCCAAGAAGAAUCUCUGUGAAAUCAACAUCAAUGAGGACAUGCCCAGGAUCCUGUCUCUGGCCUGCAGCCCCAGCGGGGCCUCCUUUGUGUGUUCGGCUGCAGCGGCAGUAGCGCCCAGCCUGGCCUCCCAGGUGGACACGUCGGGCCUGGAAGGCGGCAGGAGCACCCCGCAGGUCCCCGGCCGGCUGCUGCUGUGGGACACGAAGUCCAUGAAGCAGCAGCUGCAGUUCUCUCUGGACCCGGAACCCAUCGCCAUCAACUGCACCGCUUUCAACCACAACGGAAACCUGCUGGUUACCGGUGCGGCCGACGGCGUCAUCCGGCUCUUUGAUAUGCAGCAGCACGAGUGCGCCAUGAGCUGGCAGGCCCACUGCGGCGAGGUCUACUCGGUAGAGUUCAGCUACGACGAGAACACAGUGUACAGCAUCGGCGAGGACGGCAAGUUCAUCCAGUGGAACAUCCACAAGAGCGGCCAGAAGGUGUCCGAGUACGGGCUCCCCGCCGACGCCACCGGCCCCUUCGUGCUGUCGGGGUACAGCGGCUACAAGCAGGUGCAGGUCCCGCGGGGCCGGCUCUUCGCCUUCGACUCGGAGGGCAACUACAUGCUGACGUGCUCUGCCACGGGGGGCGUCAUCUACAAGCUGGGUGGGGACGAGAAGGUUCUAGAGAGCUGCCUGAGCCUGGGUGGCCACCGUGCCCCCGUGGUCACCGUGGACUGGAGCACCGCCAUGGACUGCGGGAUCUGCCUCACCGCCUCCAUGGACGGCAAGAUCAAGCUGACCACUCUCCUGGCCCACAAAGUCUGAGGCCUCCCAGAAGCAGUAUUAGCCCAGGCCGGGAGCU